UUUCCCGCGUGCGGAAGCUCCUCCUGUGAAGCAGCAGUUCAAAUUCACUCGCCGCGGCCGGGCUUGCUUGGCAGCUUCCGCGAGGCCGUCCCGCGGCUGAAGGCAGCGCUGAGGGCCAAAGCGGCGAGGGCAAUGGCUGACAAAAACCAGGAGAUUGGUGGCAUCCAUUUCCCCUUUCCCUUCCCGCCCUAUCCUAUCCAGAAGGACUUCAUGGCAGAGCUCUACAAGGUUUUGGAGGCUGGCAAGAUUGGGAUAUUUGAGAGUCCAACUGGCACGGGAAAGUCCUUAAGUCUUAUUUGUGGGGCCCUGUCCUGGCUCCGUGACUUUGAACAGAAGAAAUUGCAAGCAGAGGCCCGUCUCCUCGAACCUGGUUCUGGCCCCACAAGUGGUGGGAAGACCUCGCUUUCGUCUUCCUCCUCUUGUCAAGAACCCUCUGAUGCCCCGAGGCCUGCUGGAGAACCUGACUGGGUUACUGAAUUUGUUCAGAAGAAAGAAGAAAGGGAGCUGGUGGAGAGGCUGAAGAAACAGGAAGAAGAGGAGACUGAGACUCUCCUGCGCCUCAGCAGGGAGAUGCUGGCUGCAGAGACAGGAUCAGAGCAGCUUGAGUGUGGGGAGGAGGAGCUGGUGCUGGCAGAAUAUGAGAGUGAUGAGGAGAGAAGAGCCAGCAGAGUGGAUGAGGAUGAGGAUGACCUGGAGGAAGAACACAUAACCAAGAUUUAUUACUGUAGUCGGACACACUCACAGCUGGCCCAGUUUGUGCAUGAAGUACUGAAGAGCCCUUUUGGCAAGGAAACGCAGCUAGUCUCCCUUGGUUCUCGGCAGAACCUUUGUGUGAAUGAAGAUGUGAAAAACCUGGGUUCUGUGCAACUUAUGAAUGACCGCUGCAUGGAUAUGCAAAGAAUCAAACAUGAGAAGAGCAGAGCUGGGGGAGACAAGCCAAAGAGGAGGAGCCAAAAGAUCCAGACCUCGUGCCCCUUCUACAACCAUGAGCAGAUGCAGCUUCUCCGGGACGAGCUUCUGCUGGAGGUGAAGGACAUGGAGCAGCUUGUGGCCCUUGGGAAGGAGGCCCGGGCCUGUCCCUAUUAUGGAAGCCGCUUUGCCAUCCCUGCAGCCCAGCUAGUGGUGUUACCAUACCCAAUGCUGCUGCAUGCAGCCACCCGGCAGGCUGCAGGAAUCAGGCUGCAAGGCCAGGUGGUCAUCAUUGACGAGGCACACAACCUGAUCGACACCAUCAGCGACAUCCACAGCACAGAGGUCAAUGGUUCCCAGCUCUGCCAGGCCCAUUCUCAGUUGCUCCAGUACAUGGAAAGAUAUGGGAAGCGUUUGAAGGCCAAGAACCUGAUGUAUAUCAAGCAAAUCCUCUAUUUGCUGGAGAAGUUUGUGGCUGUCCUGGGAGGUAACGUUAAGCAAAAUCCUAGUACACAGAGCCUGCCCCAGACAGGGUCUGAGCUGAAGAGCAUCAACGACUUUCUCUUUCAGAGCCAGGUGGACAACAUCAACCUUUUCAAGGUGCAGAGGUACUUGGAGAAGAGCAUGGUCAGCAGGAAGCUCUUUGGCUUCACAGAACGUUUUGGAGUUGUUCUUCCAUCCCUCCCAGCUUCUCAGAAUCGUAAUCUCGAUGGCUUCCAGCACUUCAUGAAGAGCCUGCAGUCAGGGCCUCCUGAGGACUCCCUGGAGGAGGGCCAGGCUCCAGCCCCGAGGGCUGCCUCCCCACUGAUGCACAUUGAGGCCUUCCUGGCAGCUCUUACCACUGCCAACCAGGACGGCAGGGUUAUCUUGAGGCGCCAAGGCAGUGUUGGUCAGAGCAGCCUGAAAUUCUUGCUCUUGAACCCAGCUGUACACUUUGCCCAGGUGGUGAAGGAAUGCCGAGCAGUGGUCAUUGCAGGUGGCACCAUGCAGCCGGUGUCUGACUUUCGGGAGCAGCUGCUAGCAUGUUCUGGAGUGGAAGCUGAACGAGUGGUGGAGUUUUCAUGUGGUCAUGUGAUCCCUCCAGACAACAUCUUGCCCCUUAUUAUAUGCAGCGGACCCUCUAACCAACAGCUGGAAUUCACCUACCAGAGAAGAGAGCUGCCUCAGAUGAUGGAGGAGACGGGCCGAAUUCUCUGUAACUUGUGCAAUGUGGUCCCUGGAGGGAUGGUUUGUUUCCUCCCUUCCUAUGAGUAUCUACGCCAGGUACAUGCUCACUGGGACAAGACUGGGCUGCUGGCACGUUUGUCAGUCAAGAAAAAGAUAUUCCAAGAACCCAAGAAAGCAAGCCAGGUGGAGCAGGUGCUGGUGGCUUAUUCCAAGUGCAUUACGUGCUGCAGAAACACAGGAGGCCACCUCACAGGGGCGUUGCUUCUCUCUGUGGUUGGCGGGAAGAUGAGUGAAGGGAUCAACUUCUCUGAUGACCUGGGCCGGUGUGUGGUGAUGGUGGGGAUGCCAUACCCCAACAUUAAAUCUCCAGAGCUGCAAGAGAAAAUGGCCUAUUUGGAUCAGACCCUUCCUAGAACACAAGGUCAGCUGCCCCCAGGGAAGGUAUUGGUGGAGAAUCUGUGUAUGAAGGCUGUAAACCAAUCUAUAGGCAGGGCCAUUAGGCACCAGAUGGACUUUGCCAGCAUUGUGCUCCUGGAUCAUCGGUAUGCCCGUGCUUCUGUCCUGGCAAAGCUGCCAGCCUGGAUACGAGAUCGAGUGGAGGUCAAAGCCACCUUUGGCCCUGCCUUUGCUGCCAUGCGGAAGGUUAGGUUUGCUCCCUGUGCCCCAGAAGUCCUCGGCCUGAACUGGGCUUCUCACAGCCUUUUCUCUCUGCAGUUUCACCGAGAGAAGUCACACCUCUGUUUGGUAUAGGCUUCUCAUUUAUUGUUUCUCUGCCUGACCUGGCCUUUGACUUUGGCCUAAGAAGGACAAAACUUUAUGCAGACUUCUACCUAAGUCUACACCAGCCUUCCAGAGUCAGUGGAAUCCAGUAUUGGAACUUACACAGAAAAGCCACCGGGACAAAGCCGGAUCAUCCUGACCGAUUCUCCCCCUAGCACCUGGCUCAGGUUCAGCCUUCUCCAUGGCUUCAGGAAGCUGUGCAAGCAACAGCUUUCUGCCCUUUUUUGAGGCGUGGCCCACCCUGCCUUUGUCCUUUAGGGACGAGAACCUAUUCUUGGCCUUUGACUCUCAUCUCAGCCAGAGAUGUCUCCAUUUCAGGCUUUGUUGACUGGCCCGCUCCAGGAGGAGUUGGGUCUCUUGCUUGGCUCCUGGUCUUUCCUCACAAGCUAGCAGGGCCUCUUCUUCAGCCACCAGAGAAGAUGUCAAUGCCACCACACUUACCAUGGCCUCAGCCACAAUGCCAGGGUCAUUGGACUCAACAUGACUUCUUUUAGAGUUUCUUGUCUGACACCCAGGCAUUUUUGGUUGGGUAGAAAUAUCCCUCCCCCUGCAGAGCCUCCCCAAGUCAUCUCUUGUUUGAACGCGGAGAAAAGGCUCUAUCCCUUCCCUCAGAUAUUCUGACCCAUUGCUGAGAUGGCCAGGGCAGGAGAAAAGCCCACGCUCUGCUGAGCCAUCUGCAUCUCUCUGGCAAGGCCACCCUUCGUUUCUUAGAGGGCACUCUUCACAUGGGCUGAGUUCUGGAGUUGCCAUUCGUUAUUGUUGUGUGUCGCUGUUUUCUCAGUCCUAACAAAGGUAAGGCAAGUGUACUAGGGCUGGGGCAGGUAAGACAGUCACAUGAGACAGUGGAGCUGACCCAUGGUACACACUGCCCCUGCUCCGUGGAAAGGGGUGAGGUAGGAUGGAGGACAGUUGUCCAGGCACUAAGCUCUGUAGACAACAGGAGCUUUAGGGUCAGGUUGCCCAGUAGCCUCUCAGAGCUGUUCCUGUAGCCUCUCAGAGUGUGUGAGGAAGGUCUCAGCCUGCUCAGGUGGUGCCGGUUCACAAUCAACAUCACAUCUUUGCCAGAUUAUACACUUGGUUCAUAUAUUCAAAUGUUUGGACAUAACUGUGAAGCUUCCUCAAUCCAUUUUGAUUUCUUCGAACAUCCAAGCUGAGAUUGGAUUGCCCAGGGGCCCCAGCGUCACUCUUAAUGGAAACAUCUGACUAGGAGGAGCCGGGAUGCCCAAAAGAAGGUUAUUUGUCUUUUGGAGAGCUCACUUAGGAGUUUCAGGAUAGAGUGGGGACUUGACCAUCAUGAAAAGAACGAUUUUAAUUUGGGGGGUUCUUUCCGUGGGAAUUUCAUCCAUAUUGUUGGUAGAUCCCUUCAUGGGUGAGCCAAUGAUGAUCUCGAGAAGAGCAGUUGAACACAGAGCAUCUCUGGCCAACCCUCUUCUGCCUGUACAUACAGCAUCUCUAGGCAACUUUCUUCCUGUAUAUAGAACGUCAGUUACCAACUCCCUGCCUGCUGCCUGUAUAAAACCCCAAUUGGAACAUAGCUUCUGUGGAGGGACAAGAGCUGACAUCUCAGAAUCAACAUCUCUUAAAGAUCAUUCUGGUUAGGAAUGGGUGCAGAAGAUGAUGGGAACCUUCCAAGUACUUGGGAGUAGAAUCUUCCCCAGUUCUUUAGAAUGGGUGAUAAGGGUGUGUCCGGUGGGAUCUUGGAGCUAUUUCUGCAGAGAUAGGCGCAUCCCAUGGAACUGUGAGUUCUAUUUCCUAUGCAUCCUACAUAACCAACUAGGAAAGUUCAGUGAUGAGCAGAUGCGUAAUUGACAAAGCAUUAAAGCAUGAAGAAGGGAAAGGAAGCAACCAAUAAACUGGAUAGUGCAUUGCCAUGCA